AUGAACUUAUUACUGGUGUUUAUUAUAUUCAUAUCAUCAAUUCAUUGUCAAACAAUGAAACAACUCAAUGAAAUUUCAAUCAACGAAGAAUUAUCCAUUGGUGCCAUCGUUACAUUUUUAAAUGAUAAAAUUCCACAUUUAGAUCAGUCAUCCGAAUAUGAUCUUGUUCGACCGCCCUCGUCGGAUCUUGACGUUUUCUCAAUUGAUAAUCGGCGUCAUACAGUUAAUGUAAAACGACGUAUAGAUUACGAACAAAUUUGUUUCAACAUCAGCUCUCUACCGUGUCGUAUUCCAAUAAGUAUCGCUGUAUCUAUUCAUGAUACUAUUUAUGUUUACAUUCUUCCUAUUCGUAUACUAAAUAUCAAUGAUAAUCCAAUAAAAUUUUCUGUGAAUCGAACAACUGUUGAAAUCGAUGAACAUGACGAAUAUUGGUUUAGUACAGCAUAUUCAUUACCACAUGCUACUGAUGCGGAUGGCGAUUUAAUAACAUAUUCGCUUUAUCUUCAUAAUUGGAAUGAACCAACUGGCUUAUUUGAAUUAGAUACAAAUAAUAAUAAUAAUUUAUUAUUAAAACCAUUGAAAAAAUUCGAUCGCGAACAACAAAGUCUUUAUUUACUUCGUCUUCGAGCUGAAAAUAAAGAUCAAAGGGAUGUUUCUAUUGAUGUCAUUGUUAUUAUUAAAGAUAUUAAUGAUAAUCCACCUCGUUGUGAACAUAAUGAAAUGUUAUUUUCUAUCAAUAAUUUUCAUUCGUUAUCGAUAUUUAAACUUAAUGUAACUGAUAUCGAUGAAAAUGAUAAUGGAAAAUUGGAAUAUAGUCUUAUAAACCCAUUACCGGGCUUUGUUAUCGAUCGUUUUAAUGGUCAAAUUAUAUUCAAUUAUACACAAUGGAUACGUACAAAACAAUCAAAAUUAUUUAUUAAUAUAACCGAUUUUGGUAAACCAUAUCGUUUAUCAACUCAAUGCAUUGUUGAAUUUAAAUUCACAUUUUUAUUUGAUAUUAACUUGAAAGUAGAUGAUGAAAAAAAAAAUUUUAUUUCGAUUGAAAGUCUUGAUUUACCUAUUGGCCAAUUGGCGAUUUUCGAUAGACAAGCAAGAAGAACUUGUGUGAAUUGUUCAAUUCAAUUGCAAACAUCAUUAAAUGAUCUAUUCUAUUUACAUGAAACAACGAAAGAUUUGUAUCUAAAUUUAAAUUCAAUUUUAUUAAUACGAAUUUUAUCGAAUAAUUUAAUUAGAAAUGAAAAUUUACCCGUACAUAUUACUAUUCAUGUUUCCGAUGAAAGUAAUCCGUUAAUCGUAUCAACAAAAAAUUAUUCGUUUGUAUUUAAUUUAAAUAAAGAAAAAUUAUUGAAAAAUUCAAAUUUAAUAUUUAUUAAAAUACAAGAAAAUAUUUUCUUAAACGAAAAAAUUCCUUUACAAAAUUAUUUUCAUUCGUGUCUAAAUAAUCAAACGAACGAAUUAAUAUUAAUCGAUUCAACAAAUACAUUUGAUAUAGAUAAAAAUAAUAAUUUAAUCGCAAGAAAAUAUUUAAAUAUUAAGCAACAAUCAAAUUAUGAAUUAACUCUUGAAAAUAAUCAAACAGAUGAAAUUAAUCCAUGUUCAAUGAAACUUCGAAUACAUAUUUACGAUCCAUAUUCACUAUUAAAUGCUUAUCCGUAUUUUUCUCAAUCGUUCUAUACAUUAACAAGUAAUAAUAUAUCUCAAUUUGUUCUUCCAUUAUUACCAUCGAAUGUAAAAUAUAAAUCAUCGAAACCCGAUGAUAUUACAAUUGAUGAAAAAAAUGCUUCAAUCACAGUUCGAUCGUCAUUAUUAUUUUUAUCGUAUUUUUAUGAUUUUUAUAUUGAAGCUAUUGAUUCUCAAAUAUCAUCGUUAAGUUGUUCAGUACCAAUUCGUAUUUAUUUUGGAAUCAAUCAACAAUCACCUCGAUUAUCGAAUAAUUUAACACGACAAUCGAUUGAAAUUUCGUCAUCGGACGUUAUGUAUCAAAUUCAAGCUUAUGAUCCUGAUCUAGCAUUUGAUCAACGGUCGAAUUCAUUACCACCGUCGAUUGAAUAUCAAAUCGAUUCUCUAGGAAAUCUCGAAAUCGAACGUUAUACAGGUCGAAUAUUUUUAAAGAACAUCAAUCAAUCCACAUAUAAUUUUACAGUAAUUUUAACUGAUUUCGGGCAGCCAAAUCGUUUAAUAACUCGACAACGAAUCGUAUUUGAUGUUAUAUUAAAUGAAGAAAUAGAUCGUCAAGAAAUUCCAAUGAAUAUUUCAACGACAUUUAUUUUAAUUAGUGCUUGUAUAAUUUCAAUAGUGAUUCUAAUUAUUAUUAUUAUCAUACUUUCAUUGGCUUGUGUUCAAUGCCAAUUAUCAGCACAAAAAUCGAUGUCAAAUCUGUCACCAACAACACCCGAUAGUUGUCUUAUUGACAAUGAAUAUAUUACAACAACGACGUCAUUGCCUCGUGUUGUUAAUCGAGAACAACGAAUCUAUCCGACGGUUUCAAAUGAUAAUCAACGAACACUUUUAGAACAAAUUCACAUUCCACCUCCAUCGUUAUAUUCCAAUGAAAAAAUUCUUACGAAACAAGAUUAUCAUCAUAAUCUAUCAAUGAAUGAUAUUAAUAAAUAUUUGGAACGUUUUGAAAAAAUUUACAAUAAUUCAUCCGAACAUCAUCUAGGAGAGCCUGUAGGAUCAGUUGUGUAA